ACUGCGGACACAGUACAGGAGAUGACCAGAGACUGCGGACAUACUACAGGAGAUGACCAGAGACUGCGUACAUAGUACAGGAAAUGGACCAGAGACUGUGGACACAGUACAGGAGAUGACCAGAGACUGUGGACACAGUACAGGAGAUGACCAGAGACUGCAGACAACAGUACAGGGGAUGACCAGAGACUGCGGACAGUACAGGGGAUGACCAGAGACUGCGGACAGUACAGGGGAUGACCAGAGACUGCGGACACAGUACAGGGGAUGACCGGAGACUGCGGACAGUAGAGGGGAUGACAAGGAGACUGCGGACAGUACAGGGGAUGACCAGAGACUGCGGACA